AGAUCCCGCUUUGACAGUGCGGGUGGCCGGGUCUCUAAUGGGGACUGUGCCCUAGUGGGAGCUGGCGAGGAGUCGGGACCAGCUCUUCCUGGAAGCCCGGAGAGCAGCAGCAAAGAGAAAGGAUUUUCCACCAGUCAGCAGCGAGAUGGCAAGCCUGGCAUCCCCCGGAGGAGCAGCAUAAUUAAGGACGGUACGAAACAAAAGCGAGAACGGAAAAAGACCGUGUCGUUUAGCAGUAUGCCAACGGAGAAGAAGAUCAGCAGUGCAAGUGACUGUAUAAAUGCAAUGGUUGAAGGCUCUGAACUCAAAAAGAUUCGCUCCAACUCUAGGGUGUACCACCGAUAUUUUCUUUUAGAUGCAGAUAUGCAGUCUCUGCGUUGGGAACCUUCAAAAAAGGACUCUGAAAAAGCAAAGAUUGACAUUAAAUCAAUCAAAGAAGUAAGAACAGGAAAAAAUACAGAUAUUUUUCGCAGCAAUGGAAUAUAUGACCAGAUAUCAGAAGACUGUGCAUUUUCAAUUAUUUAUGGAGAUAACUAUGAGUCACUAGAUCUUGUUGCUAAUUCAGCAGACAUUGCAAAUAUUUGGGUUACUGGCUUAAGAUACCUGAUUUCUUACGGAAAACAUACCCUAGAUAUGAUAGGAAGUAGUCAAGAUAAUAUGCGGACUUCAUGGGUUUCACAAAUGUUCAGUGAAUCAGAUGUAGAUAAUUUGGGACAUAUACCCCUGUGUAAUGCUGUACAGUUUAUAAAAGACUUAAGUCCUGGUUUAAAAACAAAUAAAAUUGAACUGAAAUUCAAAGAGUUGCACAGAUCCAAGGAAAAGAGUGGGACAGAAGUAACAAAGGAAGAGUUUAUUGAAGUUUUUCAUGAGCUUUGUACACGACCUGAAAUCUACUUCUUGUUGGUUCAGUUUUCAAGCAAUAAAGAAUUCCUAGAUACCAAGGACCUAAUGAUGUUUUUAGAAGCAGAACAGGGUAUGGCACAUGUCACGGAAGAAAUAAGCCUUGAAAUUAUUCAGAGUUACGAACCAGCCAAAGAUGGCCAGGAGAAGGGUUGGCUUUCUAUAGAUGGGUUUACUAAUUACCUUACUUCUCCAGACUGCCACAUAUUUGAUCCAGAGCACAAAAAAGUUUGCCAAGAUAUGAAACAGCCAUUAUCUCAUUAUUUUAUAAAUUCAUCUCAUAAUACCUACUUGAUAGAAGACCAGUUUCGAGGGCCGUCUGACAUCACGGGUUACAUUCGCGCCCUUAAAAUGGGUUGUCGAAGUGUUGAGCUGGACGUGUGGGAUGGACCAGACAACGAGCCUGUGAUUUACACAGGACAUACAAUGACUUCCCAGAUCGUCUUCCGCAGUGUGAUUGACAUUAUUAACAAAUAUGCAUUUUUUGCUUCAGAAUACCCUCUUAUUUUAUGUUUAGAAAAUCAUUGUUCUAUUAAGCAGCAAAAAGUGAUGGUUCAACACAUGAAGAAAAUUCUGGGGGACAAACUACAUACACAGUCUCCAAACAUAGAAGAGUCUUACCUUCCGUCGCCUGAAUCACUUAAAGGGAAAAUACUAAUUAAAGCAAAGAAGCUUUCUUCUAAUUGCUCUGGGCUCGAGGGAGAUGUUACAGACGAAGACGAAGGAGCGGAAAUGUCACAGAGGGUGGGGAAGGAGGGUGUAGAACAACAAAACUCCAUGACAGGGAAACGAUUUCAGCUCUGCAAAGAGCUGUCCGAGUUGGUAAGCAUAUGUAAAUCUGUUCAGUUCAAAGAGUUUCAAGUUUCCUUCCAACUCCAGAAGUACUGGGAAGUAUGCUCGUUUAAUGAAGUGCUUGCUAGUAAAUAUGCCAAUGAAAACCCAGGAGACUUUGUAAAUUAUAACAAACGUUUCCUUGCCCGAGUUUUUCCCAGCCCUAUGAGGAUUGACUCUAGUAAUAUGAAUCCACAGGAUUUUUGGAAGUGCGGUUGUCAGAUAGUAGCAAUGAACUUUCAAACACCUGGCUUGAUGAUGGAUCUUAACAUUGGUUGGUUUCGACAGAAUGGAAACUGUGGCUACGUCCUUCGCCCUGCCAUCAUGAGAGAAGAAGUCUCCUUCUUUAGUGCAAAUACAAAAGAUACUGUGCCUGGAGUUUCGCCUCAGCUGCUUCAUAUUAAAAUUAUUAGUGGGCAGAACUUCCCUAAACCCAAAGGAUCAGGUGCCAAAGGUGAUGUUGUGGAUCCUUAUGUCUAUGUAGAAAUACAUGGAAUCCCUGCUGACUGUGCAGAGCAAAGGACAAAAACUAUGCAUCAGAAUGGAGAUAAUCCAAUUUUUGAUGAAAGUUUUGAAUUUCAAAUAAAUCUACCAGAACUAGCUAUGGUGCGUUUUGUAGUACUGGACGAUGAUUAUAUUGGGGAUGAGUUUAUUGGGCAAUACACUAUUCCCUUUGAAUGUCUACAGACUGGUUAUCGCCACGUUCCUCUGCAGUCUUUAACUGGAGAAACCUUAGCACAUGCUUCCCUCUUUGUGCACGUGGCCAUUACGAAUCGAAGGGGUGGUGGGAAACCUCAUAAACGGGGCCUCUCUGUGAGGAAGGGCAAGAAGUCAAGGGAAUAUGCCUCUAUGAGAACAUUAUGGAUAAAAACCAUAGAUGAAGUGUUCAAGAAUGCUCUUCAACCUAUACGGGAUGCCACUGAUUUGAGAGAAAAUAUGCAGAAUGCAGUAGUUUCAUUCAAAGAAUUAUGUGGCCUCUCUCCUGUAGCAAAUCUUAUGCAGUGCAUUUUGGCAGUGUCUACGCGCUUGGUUGGGCCUGAUAAUGCACCCCUGAUAGUACUGAACCUUAAUGAUCAGUAUCCAACGAUGGAGCUCCAAGGGAUUGUUCCGGAGGUCUUGAAAAAGAUUGUAACAGCAUAUGACAUGGUGAGUAGUCCUUUGUGGUUAUUUUAUAUGCCAUUUGAAAGACUUUCUUUUUCCAAUAGACG